AUGAAAGCAAUAAAAAAGUUCAGUGAUGAUGCCCUUAAACAAGGCGGUAUAACAUCCGUGUGGUUGUUUAGUCGUUUGCAAGUAGUCAUAACGGAUCCCAUUUUAGCUGAAAUUGUACUGAAGAACUGUCUGGAGAAAGACGACUUAUUGGAAAUUCUCAGAAUAUUUACCGGCGGUGGAAGUAUAUUUGCACCAGUAAAAACGUGGAGAUCUCGCAGAAGAAAAAUCGUAAGGGUGUUUAAUAUUAAAAACUUGAAGCAAUUUAUAAAGAUAAUCGGUCGGCAGAGCAACGUUAUGGUAGACCAGCUGCGUUCACUCACAAAUUCGGGAUCUAUCUCAAUUGUCAAAUAUUUAAAAAAAACCUCAUUGUGCACUGUAUAUGAUUUACCGGAAAAGCUUCCGACUGUUUUGGAUAUACUCAUGAAACCAAAUAACGCGGGAACAUUGAGUGACGUAGAACUUUGCGAGGAGAUUCUGGUUAUGAUAUUCGCCGGGACUGAGACAAUGAGUGUUGCUUUAUCGCUCGUUUGCGUUAUGCUGUCAAAACAUCCUGACGAACAGGAGAAAGUUUAUCAAGAAUUGAAAGAUGUUUUCGGUGAUGAAACUAAACAAUCUACAAUGGAUGAAUUGUUGCGUCUUAAAUAUUUGGAGGCAGUAAUAAAAGAGACGUUACGAAUGUACCCACCGGGACCAAUAAUCAUGAGGAAAGCCGACAAGGAUGUAAUGUUACCAUCGGGAAUCACGCUAGUAAAAGGCUGCGGCAUUGUAGUCAGCACCUGGGGAAUACACAGGAAUCCAGCUUAUUGGGGUUCGGAUGUGGAGAAAUUUAGACCGGAUAGGUUUCUGAACGAUCCACCAACGCAUCCAGUGUCUUUCCUGCCUUUCAGUUAUGGACCAAGAAAUUGCGUUGGACAGCAGUACUCGUUAUUGUCAAUGAAGGUAACUCUAUCCACGCUUCUAAGAUACUAUCGAAUAUUGCCAGAAGGUUCUUCAUCCGGGACUGGAAAUAUAACAAAAGAUGACAAACCGUUACGUUGCAAAUACAAUGUCAUACUAAAUCAUGUUGACAAUUAUAUUGUUGAAUUAGUAGCUCGAAUAUGA